GAAUUUUCGAGGUGCCGAACGAUUUUAGAGUAGUAUCCCCUGUCUUGUCCUAGAGUCGUUAGGAAUGGCAGGCGAGUGUGAAGAGGAUGAUUACAUGUCGGAUGCCAUUCUACAGCAAUGUGAAGACAAAAGGCCAGGGUUAGUCUUCUCAUCAAAAAUAGCCAAACAGUUUGAACAAGAAAAGAAACAAAAAGUUUCCAACGAAAAAAGCAAAGUGAAAUCCAAGAAACAAGUGGAAGAAGAGAAGCGAACAGAAGGACUGAGUACUGCUAUAUCAAAUGAAAACAAAGGGUUUGCUCUCCUCCAAAAAAUGGGAUACAAGCCUGGAAUGGUGAUAGGGAAACAUGGUACAGGAAGAGCAGAGCCAGUACCUAUUGAAAUAAAAUCCAAUCGAUGUGGGCUUGGGACAGAGGCAGAGGCCAAACGCAGACGAGAGGAGAUGCAAGCCAUGCGUGCCAAAAUGGCAACUAAACGUCAACGACUGGAGGCCAAUCAAAAACACACAUUUCUUCAACGCUUGAAUGAGAAAUUUACCAGUAAAAAUGUUGAAAAAGACUUGAAAACAAGUCAGGCAGCUUGCUAUCAGCUUGACAUUGAAUGUGGUUAUGAUAAACCUGUCGAAAGUUUCCACUGGCCAAGCCACUGUCUCUUAGAAAAGAAACAAGGCGUAAAUGAUGAAGACACCGAGGAAGAAGUUGUUGAAGAGGAAGAUGAGGAUCAAUGUCUACUUUCAGAAGAAGAGAAACUGGAAACUCUCACAAAGUACCUUAGAACAACUUACUUUUACUGCAAUUGGUGUGGUACAAAGUAUAAAGAUUUGGAAGAUUUAAACACAAACUGCCCAGGCGACACUGCUGAUGUGCACGAGUAAAAGAUAAUCUGAAAUGUGAUAUUUUGGGAAUGGGAAGUGAGAAAAUUUAUUUCAACCACUGUUAUUGUGUUGAUUUCAGACUUGUUGAUAUUUUAAUUGUAGUGGUGUGAAUGAUAAUAUAUCUGUAUGUUUGUAGUGUAAAUAUUUGCAUAUGAACUUAUGUAUUAGCUAUAAAUAACUCUUCCGAUUGAUGCUUGUAUGAGUGCAUGCUUGGAAACAGGAACAGUACUGAUGAAAUGUUUACUCAGCAAGAAAGAAUAGUGUCAUCUAUUUCAAACUGUUGUUUCAGCCGUCAUUUAUUUUAAUUGCACUAUCGAUGAUGAACUGAUAAUUUUGUUAUAAGCAUUUAAACACUUUUUCACAUUAAUCAUUUAGCUAGAGCAUAGUAUCAUGCAUAGCUCUCAUCUACUUACCUACUUGCAUUUCUUUCAGUUAUCUUGCUCAUUCUCUAGGAUCUGCUUAAUGUCAGACUUAUUAACUCUUAAAUGUUUGCUUUGUAUCAUAUGCUAUAUUUUUUGUUCCCUAUAUUGUUGGCUUUUAAAAUUUUUUUUUUGCAUUGUAUUAAGCAGUCUUAAUAAAAUGGGUAACCUUUCCCAGUCUAAAGUUUGUUCAGGAAGAUCAGUGCUGAUCCCUGUUUCAUUUUUAACUAAAGAAAAGACACUAACCCCUAAUUUGAACACAAUACUAGGUUAGGAAUUUUAAAAAACUUUCCACAUAUUGACAAUUAACUAUGGGAAUCUAUCAUCUAGUCAAUCUUUGAAAUGUUUGGCUGAGUUCUUGUAUUAAUAAAGAUGAGAAAAGGUGC